UUUUCUGGUCCGCGCUCUCUCUCUUCUCUCUUUCUCCCUCAUAGUCGUUCUUGUUUCUCACUCCUACAUCCUCAAACCCUAGAGCCCUUCAGUUCCCUCCAUCCCUGUUCCGAUUUCAUGAUUCGAUUCUUUAACAUCAUAGAUUUUCUCUCCUGAGUAUUUAUUUUUCCAUUCCAUCUUCCCGAGAAAAUCCGGUUCGAUUCGAGAUUUUCCGAAACAUCGUCGGAGUAGGAGGAGGAGGAGGAACAAAUCAUCGAGACAUAAAUGGCGACUGCAACAAGCAGUGUGUAUGUUAGUGUUAUUGAAGAUGUUGUCAGCAAGGUCCGCGAAGAGUUCCUCAACAACGGUCCCGGAGAAGACGUUCUGAAGGAGCUUCAAGGAAUGUGGGAAACGAAAAUGAUGCAAGCGGGUGUAGUAAAUGCCCCCAUAGAGAGGUCCGGUGCAGCGAAGCCCACGCCUGGAGGUCCAAUUACUCCAGUUCACGAUCUCAACGUACCAUAUGAGGGGACUGAGGAGUACGAAACCCCUACAGCUGAAAUACUCUUCCCCCCCACGCCGUUGCAGACUCCGAUUCAAACACCUUUACCAGGAACUGCUGACAUUUAUAAUAUUCCCACCGGGCCUAGUGACUAUUCUGCAUCUGGAAAUGAUAAUGGUGGCGGUGGUGGUGGCGGCGGCGCUGGCACACCUAGCAGUGGCAACACUGAACUGAAAUCUGCUACUGGAAGACCUAGUCCAUACAUGCAACCUCCUUCACCUUGGAUGAGCCAGCGGCCUCCACUUGAUGUUAACAUUGGUAAGCAUGGUUGUAUACUGCAGACAUUACAAAGCUUCUGUUCUUCAUGGUUUUAUGGUAAUUAUUGUUGUGUGGAUGUAGCUUAUGUGGAAGGGCGGGAUGAAGUGGACAGAGGAACCUCUAAUCAAUCUUCCACGCAAGACUUCUUCACGAUGAAUUCUGGUAAGCGAAAACGUGAAGAUCUUCCUCCACAGUACCAGGCGGGUGGCUUUGUCCCCCAGCAAGAUGGAGCUGGGGAUACCACCCCUGAGGUUUUUGAGAUUGAGGUCAUUGGAGGAAGAAAUAGUGAAAUGGUAGAGCGCAUGCUUAGGUCAUCCUCAAAGAUUCCUCAACUUGAUGGGCCUAUUCCUGAUCCUUAUGAUGAUGUGCUUUCUACUCCCAAUAUAUACAACUAUCAAGGAGUCUUUAACGAGGAUUACAACAUAGCAAACACGCCUGCUCCCAAUGACAUUCCAGCCAGCACUCCUGCUAUUCCUGCUCCAGAAGAUGUUGGAGAGGACGAUGACGAUGAGCCCCCGUUGAAUGAAAACGAUGAUGACGAUUUGGAUGACGUGGACCAAGGGGAGGAGCUAAAUACACAGCAUUUAGUUUUGGCUCAGUUUGACAAAGUUACACGCACCAAGAGCAGGUGGAAAUGCACAUUGAAGGAUGGCAUUAUGCACAUAAACAAUAAAGAUAUUCUCUUCAAUAAGGCAACAGGGGAAUUCGACUUCUGAGUAGGCGAAGAAAUAUGAGUUUCGCCGACAUAGUGGAUGUGGCCAGCCUUAGAAGGGAGCAAGUGGAGGGGGCGGUGUGGUCGGAUGUUUAGGUGACUUUUGUUUAUUGAUUAUAUAUUAAGUGAAAGCUUGAGGGAAGAGAAAAAAACAUGGUUAGUACUUUUAUUAAGAUUGGGAUGGACGUUGGCCUGGUGUACAUAAUGAAUGAGCUUUUUCGGCCUAAAAUGGAUGGUCGCUCGAGGCAUUUCCAGAAGUUGAAAUUCUGUAAUGGAAUAUUAUAUCAUUCCAUCGACUUUGUAUACUUGGGGACUUUUUUUUUUCUUCUUUGGGGGUUAAUUUAUGAAUUGAAUUACUUAUCAUC